AUGGCUAGUGCAGGACAGCGUCGUCUGCUCACGGCCUUCGUGGUCGGACUCGUGACGUCGGUCUGCGGCACCGUCUUACAGGUCCAAUCCGACGACCGUUCCGACUCGCGAUAUGUUAGCUCCCGGAGCGAGAUCAAGGAGCAUCGCCUGGCCAAGAUGGGAAGGCUCGCGUACGACAUGGAGGUCGCUAUGCCCUCCUCACUCACGAGUGCCCCGUUGCUGGAAUGCUUCCAAGUCGCCCAGCCCGUCCUCGAGCCGUCUGCGUCUGGUAAGGCAGUCACGGUGACGUUGAUGGAGCACCAGUUCGCCAACAGCUACGGCUCGCCUUUCGUGGGGGAAUACACCCCGCCAGACUUCGAUUUCGAUCACGUCGUCAUCAACUUCACCGUCGAGGUCAGGGGACGCCAGUUCGAUCGCUGGGGAACGGUGUACCUCGACAACGUCAACAUCUUUUCCACCUCCACCGCGGAGCCGACACCGAACGGCAUCACCUGGACCUGGAGGAAGGACGUCACGCCGUAUCUGUCCCUGUGGAAGCAGCCGCAUACGCUCAUCUUCCAGCUCGACAACGUGAUCACGGACGUCUACACCGGACUGCUGAACUCCACCUUCACCGCGACCUUCUUCAAGAGCGGCGCGCAAGGAGGAGCACCGCCGGCAGAUCUCAUCAUUCCGGUCUCCGCGAGCAAGAGCCCCGCCACCACGAGUUUCUGGACCUACCCCGAGGAGAACGCCACCGCGUCGGUGACGUUUCCGAGAAACGUGAACCGCGCCGUGUUCUCGGCGAACGUGAAGGCGCAGGGAAACGACGAGUUCUGGUGGAGCAACGUGCCCCAAUCGGCCGUCGACGCGUUCGAGCCGGACGCGGGGACGUACCCGGGAUACUCCCCGUUUCGGGAAGUCCAGAUCUCGAUCGACGGGAUGCUGGCGGGCGUCUACUGGCCCUACCCCACCAUAUUCACCGGAGGCGUGGUUCCGCAGCUUCACAGGCCGAUCGUCGGGAUCGACGCGUUCGACUUGAGAGACCAUGAGAUCGACAUCAGCCCGUGGUUGCCGCUGCUCUGCGACGGGAAAGAACAUACUUUCGGCAUCAAGGUCGUCGGUCUGGUCGACAAUGGCGAGACGACGGCGGCGUUAUCGAACACGACCGAAGGAAGCUGGUAUCUCGUCGGCAAGGUUUUCUUGUGGCUCGAUGAGGAGGGCAGUGUUACGACUGGUACCCUGGGAACAGUCACGACGGAGCCGAAGAUCGCGUUCGAGCAAAAGCUGACGCGGAACGCGACCGGUUACAACGAGACUCUGGACUACAAGGUGUCCGUGAAGAGGGACUUUGGCAUUACCUCGACCCUGGUUACGAAGAAAGGCAACGGGACAGCCACGUGGUCUCAGAGCCUGGAGUAUUCCAACGUGGGCGGCUUGUAUUUGAAUGGUUACGGAGGCAUCAACACGUUUCUCACGACGGGAAAGGAGAAGGCAGAGGUCGCUGGCUGGGAUUACGAGACGAGCUUCUCGUACCCGCUGUUUUGCAACACCACGACACAGUAUCUCCCUGCGGGGAACCUGACGCUGUGGGCUCAGCUGGAUCAAGCUCUGAAGCUGGAGGUGAAGGGUGACGGGGUGUUUCCGAGCGGCGCAGAGGCGUUCACGGGGGAAUGGGAUGGUAGCCUGCUCGAUACGGAGAGGAACGGGACUGCGAACUACUCGCGAUAUGGGGAUAACACCAUCACAACUGGUGUCGGUCGCACGCAUCAGAUCUUCCAUUUCGGCGGGUUGAAGGGGGAGACGGCGAAGGAGCUAUACUUCCGAGACGUGGCCGCCUUCAACAACAGCGUCGUUUCAGAUGUGGAGGUCAUAGGAGAUCUCGCCAUCUGA